GUCAAUAGAUUUUGUGAAGUUACUGACAGCAGUUUUUAAGAGAAGCUAUUGCCGUUUGAGAAUGGUAAUACAUAACAUUUAUAUUUUCGACCGUAACGGAACAUUAUUACAUUAUCACGAGUGGAAUCGACUGAAGCAGUCCGGUAUGACCAAGGAAGAAGAAGCGAAGUUAAUGUAUGGCAUGCUUUAUUCAAUUAAAUCAUUUGUAAGUAAAAUAUCGCCAACAGAUAUGAAAGAGGGUUUUUUAUACUAUCGAACGUCAAAGUAUUCACUUCACUUCCUCGAGACUCCUUCAGGUUUAAAAUUCGUACUAAAUACUGAUGUUAAUGCGCCAGGUGUUAGGGACUUAUUACAACAACUUUAUAGUCAAGUGUAUUUAGAGUAUGUGGUGAAGAACCCUUGCCUAAAACUAAAUGAACAAAUACAGUCGGAAUUAUUUAAGGCGAAAUUAGAUCAGUUUGUCAAAGACUCUGCUCUUUAUUUAUCAAAAAAUAAUUAGUUUAAUAUUCUAAUAUUAAUUCCACAUUUUGUUUCUAUGAGAUGGUCUACUUAAUCUUGAUCACUAGUUGGUAGCGGUACUUUGUAAGGUACAUUUGUUGUGUGGUGCUGAAAAUUCAGCUACAAUAUAAAAUUUAUCGUCAGGAAAUGUAGCCACCAGUGUAUUUAUUGUGGGGUAAGGCAGUGUAGUCUUUAAGCACCUCUAAGGAUGUUUGUGCUGCUCUUACUCGUUUUAGCCAAUUGAAGAAACUAAUUAUGGCUUUGAGGUUCAGUUCUCCUAUCUUGUGCAGUUUCAGGUUAUCACCGGCAAGGUCAUUUAGCCUUUGCCCUCUGCAGCAGUCUCGCAUCUGCAUAUAGAAUGUGUUCAGUGGUCUCAUCUGGGCUGUGCAUGUGGCCUCCACCGCUGCACCAUGCAUGUAGAUGGUAUUUAAGCGGUAUACAGCCUGGUAAUGGUCUUUCCUGUUGAGGGCUGAAGCAAAGAAGGGGUACUCUUUGGCUGAAGCAAAGAAGGGGUACUCUUUGGCUGAAGCUUCCUUAGCUUUUUCGCCUUGAUGAAUAAUUUGGCUUGUUGCUGUUCUGCCACCCUUCGCCAGUGAUGGAUCCUAUUAAUCUCCACCCACUGGUUUAGGGCCUCUUUUAUGUGACUUGUGUAGUUCACAGAAUCAAUCCGGCACUAUUGGCUUGCGCUUGGUUCCUUGUUUGCUCAGUUAAUCGCCUUCAUGUUGCCUGUAAUGUCUGAAUGCCCUGGCAUACACCAUAGUCUGUUAUUGUGGUCAUGGCCAGGUCCUCUGCAUACCAUUGUACAUAGUUACCUUUUAUGUUAGCAUGGUUAGUAGGUCAUCAACCACAUAAGUUCCUUUUUGAUAGACACGUUGUUGGAGGUGGAGCAGAUGUCUUGUUAGAACAUCGCUUUUCAGGAAUUGGUUUCUAGGAAUUUUUCCACCAAGACAGAAACAGAAUUAAUGUAUUUUUUCACGAAGGAUCCACGAGAGACCUUUGAUAUGUAUGAAGUUAGCGUUCAACGUACGUUAUUGCGCUUGACUAAUGCUAGAAAGAGAGUGAAGUAAUACGUGGAACGCGAAUUUCAAAGGCUUAGUGGAUCCUUCGCGAAAAAAUACAUUGCUGUUUUCCUUUGGAAGAGUGAUACUGUCUUCACCAUGCGCCUUAAAGUGUUUGAAGACCGUUAGGGCUAAUUCUACCCUCUUCUGUGUCAGAGCUGGGUACUGCUCGCGAGCGUUUCGCUUGAAAAAGCGCUCCAAGCAGAAAAAGCGCUUGCGCGCGAGCACUUCGGAGCGGCCACCUGGUGCUCGAUACUCGAGCGUUUACUUAAAGUGCUCGGCGCUCGAGCGUUUUUUUCUGCUCGCGAGCGGUUUUUCCGUUCAUGGUCGUUUUUUUUUUCGCUCGCGAGAUUUUCCGCCCUCGAGUGCUUUUUCCGCUCCCUAGCGCUUUUUCCGCCCCUGAGCGGUUUUUUUCGUUCGUGAGCGCUUUUAACCCUCCUCAAGCGCUGAAGGAUUAAGCGCCGCUCGCGAGAGUUUUUUCCGCUCACAAGCCGUUUUUUUCCGGCCCCGAGCGCUUUUUCCCAAGCGCUCGCGCUUUUGUAUGAGCGUAAUCGCCACAUCGGUUCCCUGGACGGACGACUGGCGAUUGCUAGGGGGUGCCUGCGCCUUCGGCCGGUUGUUCCGUUUGGCGCUUUGGCCUUUUUGUUCCUACUCUUCAUUUGGCCACUCGUGCUGGCUUCGUCGCUCUCUUGGAAGUGGCGGUAUACUAGCCUAUUAGGCUUGAUUGCCGCUUGUCCAAAUCUGAACCUGGCUCUUAGGCCUGUCUGCUCUACGCAUGUUAGCGAGGGUUUGAAAACAAUCAUCGUUCCACUCUCUCUUCAGCACUCGCCAUCCCUUAUAGUGUUGAAGCCGGUUUCUGCAACAAACCAAGGAUCUCUCGUUGGUGCUGUCCGAAAGAUAGGCGUUCACAAUAGUCGCUUUUGGAAUCUUUUUCUCAUCGACAGCUGUUAGCUGUUCCACCUUGGGCUUAGGUUUUUUAACAAGGUUGACCCCCCACGGCCUCGGGUCCGUGAGAGAUGACCACAGACGAUGUUCUAAAGAUCGAGGCAAUGCGUGACUUUUUAAAUCUCAUGAGUUGGUAGUUUUUGGGUGCAGAAAAAGUUAUAGGAAGAAGUGCCCCCGAAAAAGAAGAGCUCUGGGGACUUUGGUCGGCCCUGGGGCCCCUGGGAGUAAUUACCCCCAUUAUUCCCCUGUACAUGUACGCGCUUUGCUAGUGAAAUUGCAAAAUAGGCUUAUACAUGCUAAGGUGAUGGCUUCGCCCUCGAAUUUAUACGUUUUCGUUGCCUGCAAGCGCACGUGCUGAACAGUGGCGUGCGUAGUGUGUUAGUAGGCACUCACUACGCCCAUGGAAUGUAAAUUUUAGAAAAUGUGCAACCAGUGCAACCUGCUAAAGUUAAUAAAUAAAACGAAGGUCGACUGAUACGGACAUAAAUUGAGCAAAUUGUUUUGUACAGAACGGGCUGAACCCGAAAAGUUUGUGUUGCAUUCUAACUACGUUGCCAAAAUUAUCAGCUGAUCGAAUUACGUAACGAGUAAUACACUCGUGCGAUAAAUACUCGUCGCGUUUUCCUCAGUAGUUCUUUUGGUGUUUCAGUGGCUGUAGAAGGCACGUGUUUGUAACGCGAAAAUGUUUCAUUUAAAAACCAUUCCCAGGAGUUUAACUCCGGCGAAAAGUAAUGAAAUCAAGGCCGCCUUGAAAA